CUGCCCCACAUGCAAGCAGGCGGCCAUACACGAGGACGCAACCAACUUUCCGACUUUGAGCGAAGCAAUUUCUCCCGCCGGACAAAAAGAGGCCGCCGCCGGCUUCUAACAAACCCGCACUUUCCCUUUUUGUGUCUGGUUCCAGUCGGCCGCUCUUUGGCUCAGUCGACCGGCGAGCGAAGGCCGACGAACGGUUCGCGACGGCCGGUGCGCCGAGUCGCGAGCGCUGUGCCGCCCUGAAGCCAGCGCUUUCCACGGCGUAGACGCAAUAAUGGCGACUUCAUUAGAGACCAGGCAGCAUUCCAAGAAGCCGUCGUGGGCGCAUGGGAUAUUGUAUGGCGUCUCUUCUCUGGUUCUUGGCGUGGAGCUGAACCUGUUGGGGCCCACAGCAGCGUCUCUCGCUCGUCAAGUAACAAGCACGGAGUCGGCGUUGGGCCCUGUCGUGGGCCUUGGAGGCAUCGGCUUGCUUGUGGGUGGCAUGCCUGCGGGAUGGCUGCUUGACAAGCUGCCCGGGCACAACGUCAUAGCGACGGCUCAGGCCAUCCAGGCCGUGGCGUUCUGCUUGCUGCCGCACUGCGCCACGCUUCCGCUACUCGCCGCCAUAUACUGCUGCGCGGCCCUCACCUUCAACGCCAUCACCACGGGCUCCAAUGCGCUCAUUCUAUGGCACUACCCGUCUUCACACGGCGCCUGGCUAAAUCUGGCUUCUGCCCUCUUCGGCGUGGGCUGCUUCCUCGCCCCCGUCCUCGCGGACAUCGCUGGCCACGCCGACACCGUCGACCCCGAUUCGGGAGCCGCCGCCGGCGGCGCCAACGACGCCGGCCCGCACCUUGGGCCCUUCGCGCUGCACGGCGGCGACUCGGCCCUAGCCUACUACAUAGUGGCUGCCGGCGCGGCGGCGUGCUGCCUGUGGACGUCGCUUCUGCCGAGCCCGGAGCGGCCGCCGGUGCCCGAGCACCACCACCACCACGACCAUGAGCAAGAGCACCAGGGCGCGCACGCGGACCCGGAGCGACAGGCGCUGAAGACGCAGCGCAGCAGCAGCCGCAGGCGCCGCGGCAAGCGCGCCGCAACUGCAGGCAGUGGCAGCGCUGCCGCCGUGGCGGCCAGUAGUGCGCCGCUGCCGUGCCGCUCGACCUCUUCAUCGUCGGUCCUGGACAUGGGAGGCGUGGACGCGAGCGCCUCCGCUCGGGCCCUUGCAACCGCCGCCACAGCCAACGCCUCCGCUGGCGUCGCGGCCUCCGGCUCCACGUGGGGCAGCGGCAGCAGCGCCGCCAUCCUGUCUGACGGCCCCAACGCCGCUGACGCCUCCGGCGCACGGACCGCAACCACCACCACCAUCAUCACGGUCGCGGACCUGGCCGCCGCCGUCGGCAAGGCCGCCGCCGGAGGCGGCGGCGCAAAUGUCACGGCCGACGGCAUUAUCGGCGGCGGCGCGGUCACCCACCCGGGCGGCGCCGCGAGCGACAGUGAGGGCGAGGCGGCCGCCCGCGCCGCGGCCGCCAGCAUCGCAGCGGGCAACCGCGGCGGCUUUGGCAGCGUGCUGUCUCCCUGCUCGCCAGCCACCACAGAGGUGGGCGCCGGCGCACCUGACCAGGACUCGCGCCAGGGCAAGCAGAACCGGCAUCAGGGCGAGAGCCUGCUGCGCACGGCGGCUGCGCAGCUCGCAACCAAGAGCCAGGCCGCUGCGGACGGCAAGCUCUCGGCGCCGCACGGCAAGCUCAACCAGCACCAGCAGGGGCAGCAGGGACAGCAGCAGGUGCAGGUGCAGCAGCAGCAGCACCAGCCGCCGCGCAAGCCGGUGUCGCCCACCGCGGCGCUGUUCCGGCGGUACAUGCACGAGCUGAGCAUGGGCUGGCCGGUGCUGGGGCCGGUGAUGGUGCUGCUGUUCGCAAACAUCUCCACGCAGGCCUCCUUCGGCGCCUGGGUGACCACCUACUGUCGCCGCGCGGUGGGACUCGACGAGGCCGGCGCACAGGCUGUGACCGCCGCAUACUGGGCUGCCUUCACCGGCACGCGCAUAGCGGGCGUGGCGGUGGCUCCCUUCCUGCACGCCUCCUCCGUGCUGCUCAUCACCUCGCCCUUCGCGGUGGCGGGCGGCGCGCUCGCGGUGGCGGGCCUGCCGCAGAUUCUGUUCCCGGUCGCUGCCUCAGCCGCGCCGGCGGCCUUCGCUGCGGGCCUGCCCAUGUGGGCCCUGUACGUGGUGGUGUCGCUGGUGGGCGUGGGCUGUGCCACUGGCUUCGCCAACACCGUCAGCCUCACGAGCGACCACCUGCAGCUGGACGGCUUCACCAACGGCAUUCUCAGCUCCGUGGCCGGGCUGGCCUCCACGCUGUGCCCCGCCGCCGUGCCCUGGCUGGCCGAGCACACACGCAUGGGCUACGGGGCUCUCAUGGUGGUGGUGCUGGGCAUGUCGGUGCUGCAGCUGGUGUCGGUGUGCGGGGCGCUGCUGGGCGCGCGCUGGGUGGAUGAGUGGCUGCGCCUGGAGCGCGAGGAGGACGCGCGCGCGGAGGCGGAGGAGCGGGCCGAGGCGGAGGCGGAGGCGGCACGGCUGGCGGGUACGGGCAGCAGUGAUGUUGACGACGGUUGCGGAGGCGGAGGCGGAGAUCUGGAGGGGUCCGGGCAGAUGGUCACGGUGGUGGUUGUCACGUCGGCGCCGGGAUCGGAUCUGGAGGGUAAUGAGGCUGGCCGCGGGACGGCGGCGCCGCGGCGGCCGCGCCGGAACGUCACCGCCGCCAGCGGCUCUAACAGCGACCUAACCACACCGCUGUUGUAAAGAGGGGCGUGCUGUUGGGAAGGUUCGGGCGAAAAUGUGGGUGUUAUGGCCGUCAGCCGCAUUGCCGGCGCUCAUCGUUUGGACACGUGCGGAGAUCUCGUGCUACUACCGUACACGUGCGCGGUGAUGGAGGUGGUGUUUUGAAGAGGCGCCAGCGUUUGUUUUGGGUGCUGUGUAAGAUGUUCUCAACUGCCAAAGACUAAAUGUAGAUGCCGUAAUGGAGAUUGUCAUCCUAGUGGUUCGUGUACAUGCACAAACGCCUGUGGCGGCGAAUGUGGCGAUGCCUAUUUGCUAUGCCCUUACUUGGUGGGCGCCUUUUCAGGUGCACGAUGCGUGUUGAUCAUAUCGCCUCCUCCUUUGCACACGGAUGCGUUGCCUGGUGGUGCGCGGUCCUCUGCUGCGAACCCACGCUGGUUAUGGUGCAAGCGCCGCGAGCCGGGCCUUUUGGUUCUGUUGUUGUUCGCUGCUGCCUGCCUGCGUGCUGCAGCAGAGGCACGUGAUGUGGGAGGAUGUUAUGGGCACGUGUACCUGCCGCACACCGCGCCCUUGUUAGAGUGUGCUCGUCCAAAUGCCGUAGUACCGCAUGGAUCAUGCGAGUUGCCCGCGGAACUCGAGUUUGUCGGAUGUUUGCUACGCCGGACUUGUAGUGUUAGAAUGCAAAGGGGAUGCGACGGGUAAGUGGGGUUUGGGGACACUAUCAUGCAGACGCGCGCAGGACCCUACAAUUGCUUGAUUUCACAAAUGUGGGACAGGACAAGGCAUGCACCGUGGGGGCCAUCGCGUUUGGACUGCGUCCUUUGGAAUGGCACGUUUCACUGCUGGGCUGGCUAUGGCACGCACGUGUGGGCCCAUUGCAGUGGCCCGCGUGUGGUUGUCGUGCGUGUGGGCUGAGGGAAGGAUUAGUGAUCCUGACUUCUUGCGAUGCGAUGCGCUACAGUGUGAGUGAUCGAGUGGAGAGAAUAAAGGACGGCUUGGAGCGUCGUAAGGGACGCAGGUGGUGCGCGUCAACGGAGAAAGAGGCAGUUCGAUUCCGCGGGACACUGUUUGAGCCAGCACAUGCAUUUCUUCCGGAGGUUCUCACCAGCAUUUACGGCAUGUGUCCGUUCAUUGCAGUAAAUGAGAUGUGGCAUGCGAGGCGGGCCGGCGGCCGGGUCCGCAUGACGGUUAGUCAAAAGUGUGGGAUCGUGUGUGGUCUGCGACGUUUGGGGGUUCGACGAGUUGGGACGAGCAGUAGAGACGGUGAAGCUGCGUCGUAUUUACGCAUACACGAGCAUGUGAACGUGCGAGCAUGUUUUAACGAGCUGGAGC